ACAGGCGGGCUUCUGCUUCCUCAGACGCUGGUGUAAACCAGGGGUUGGAGCUGCUCCGUCUGGAGUCAAAGAUAUGAAGCGACCCCUGAGCCUGUCCCACCCUGCUGAGAACAGGCUCCAGCUGGUCGAGACGGCGGGGAGCCCGUCGGAGCAGCGCGUGAAGCGGGAGAAGAAGCACCAGUCGUUCACGCUGUGCGAGGUCUGUAACAUCCAGCUCAAUUCGGCCGCCCAGGCGCAGAUCCACUACAAUGGCAAAUCCCACCAGAAACGCCUCAAGCAGCUCAGCAAAGGGAAGGUGCCGGCGGGCCAAGGUCCAUCUGGGCACAGCAGCCCCCUCCUAGCAUCGCUGUCUGUUCCUGGGCGACCCCUACACCCGCCACUGGACAUCAAGCACUUCCUGACCUUUAGAUUCAAUGGGACGUCCCCACUCAACCUGUUCCCCAACUUCAACACGAUGGAUCCCGUGCAGAAGGCCGUGAUCAAUCACACCUUCGGUGUCCCCUCCCCACUCAAGAAGAAGCAGUUCAUCUCCUGCAACAUCUGCCACCUCCGAUUCAACUCCGCGAACCAGGCCGAGGCGCAUUACAAAGGCCACAAACACGCCCGGAGACUCAAAGCCAUAGAAGCUGUGAAGAACAAACAGAAAACGGCAGCGGUCCCCAGCCGGGACAUCGUGGCAGACUUCCCUGCCACCCUGGACGUGAGCGGGGAUCCCCACAGCACAGUUCAAGCCAACGGCCUCCUGGGGCUGAAGGAGCCGGACGCUGAGUGUAGCAGCCUCGUGCUGACGCCCACCUCGGAGGAGUCCUCGGCCGAGCUGUCCAGCAGCGUCCCAGCCCUGGUCUCCCCGCCUGUUUCGGAGCUGUCAGAGGGCCCUUCGGAUGCUGCCAGCGUGGCCUCUUUGCCAGCGCUGGGAGCUGAGACGCCAGCCACUGAAUCGGGCAGCAGCGUCGGCUCAGCCCCUGACAGAGGAAAGGAAGGGAAGAAAAGCAAGCAGCACCUCUACUGCCCCACCUGCAAAGUGACGGUGAACUCGGCAUCCCAGCUGGAGGCUCAUAACACGGGGGCCAAGCACAAGUCUAUGCUGGAGGGUCAGACCACCCAGAUGCGGCGGGGCCGGGGCAAGGUCAUCCCCAGGGCAGGGCACAAGUCCAAAAGAAUUGGCAACAAGGGCAGCAUCAACAUCCAGAACAAGGCGUUCCAUUGCCAAGUGUGCGAAAUCUACGUCAACUCGGAGACCCAGCUCAAACAGCACGUGAGCAGCAGGAGACACAGAGACAGGCUUGCUGGGAAGCCACCCAAGCCAAAAUACAGCCCAUACAACAAACUCCAGAAGAACGCUGUCCUCGCAGUGAGUAUUCUAAAGUCCAAGCUGGCUUUGCAGAAGCACCUCACCAAAACCUUGGCUACCCGCUUCCUCCCGAGCCCCCUCACCACGGCAGCCAUGUGCGCCAUGCCUGGCCCACUCACCCUCAGACCAGCCACCGCCACAGCCCUCUUCCAGGCCCCGCUCCUUGGACCAGCGCUCUUCCGAACCCCGCCCGGGCACGUCCGCGCCACGCCUGGCCCCAUCGUCUUCGCGCCCUACUAGAGCCCACGCCCGCCAAGGCUCCGUCUCUCCCGGACGCAACGAAGAGCCGGCGAGCUGUGCAGCAGGACAGGGCUCUGUUCCCAUGGGGCAAACGAUCCUUUGUAACCGUUGACCGAGGUUUUUUCUUUCCCUCCCACUGGGCUAGGAGAUUCCCCAGCUGACUGCUCUGCCAGGCCUGGCUGUACCCCCCGUUACCCACACCCAGUGCCCCAGUCGGUUCUGCCGCCCACUCACUCAGUCGCUCUCCGAAAACACAGCUCCAUGUCCACUUUGAGUGGAUUCAGUCAAAGGGACAGUGCCGGGAUCCCCCAGGCCCAUUGAUGCCUGUGGCCAGCGGGUGCCCCUCUUUGGCUAGUGAGUUUUUCAUUCAUCCCCUUCCCAGUGAUUAAUUUAAACCAAACCAGGGAAGGGGCCUGGCUGACUCUCUGGAAAGGGAAGGCCCUUGUCUCAGGCUGGCUGGUUCAGAGCCAGCCCAGGUUCGGGGCGACCCCCACAUCAUAGGUCCUGCUGGAAGGAGUCCGUGGUGGAUCUCAGGCCAGUUUCCAGUGGGAAAAACCUCCCCAGCACAAAAUCCACCCCCCGGUUUCCCACCCGUAGCCUAAGCCCUGCAUGGGACAUGAGGCACGUGGGCAGAGAGCAGCGUGGUGGAAGAUUGCCCUGCCGACUGCCUGACCCAUCCCGGAGCUGAGGAUGCAGGGAGAGCGUUACUCUCCAGCUCCUCUAGUCUGGGCCCUUUCAGCAGCAGGAAAUCCAGAGGAGACACCGGCAAACGGGGGCAGCGUCUUCCCAUAGAACAAACAGUGAACCCCGAGGCUCCUUGCCAGCAGAGACCUCUUUCCUGCUCACUUCAGAGAGCACAUUAUCGUCCAACACUGGAAGUGCAGCGGAGGACCAGGCAAAUGGGAUCGGAGUGUUGUCUAGAGCAGUGGUUUUCAACCUUUCUUCAUUGGCGGGCCCCUUUGGAAAUCAGAUAUAGUCUGAGGAUCCCCAGGGGGCCGUGGACCACAGGUUGAAAACCACGGAUCUAGUGGUUAGACAACAGGAUUCUCCUCCCAGACCUGGGACAGGGUGUGAGCCUAUGGCAGGAGAAUAGGACGUAGGGAGUCAGGACACCUGGGUUCCAUUCCCAGUUCAGCUAAGGCCUGGAGUCGACUGGCUAGAGAACGGCCCUUCUCCUUGGCGUCUAUUCCCAACUCUGCCAUUCACUCCCUUGCACCACGGUGCUUCACCUCUUAGUGCCUCAGUUUCCCCCCAUUAAGCAGGGGAUAGCUCUGACCCUACCUCGCAGGGAGGCUGAGUGAAGAUUCAUAAAGCACUUUGUCCUUGCGUAGCGCCUUUCCUUGGAGAGCUGCAAAGCAUUCCUCCUGUUAACAGGCCAGCAGCCAAACCCCAGUCACCCAGCCCCGUUGAAACUUGGAGCUUCCAAGGAAACUGGGGGGAUUCCCUGUUAGUUCAGCUUGACAGCCCAGAAUAAAAGAGCAGGUUCGUUUAACAAGCACGUGACGUUGUCCCUCCCAUGCUCUGAGUGCAGCUUGCAGACUGUGGGGCUCCAGGGCCCGUGCUAGGCAUUAUGGGGGCGAUGGUUUUGUUUUUCACUGUGUUAAAAGCCGGCGCGAUGACCUGGUCUGAACAGUUACCGAGGCGCUACGGGCUCCCCAGCGCGCACUGUACAUAGAAAUAUGCAGGAAGGUUGCGACACACAUGGACCUUGUGCCGGAGUGACAACCCGUCCCGAUCUAUGCAAAUCCGAACGGAGGAGCCCCGUCGUUGUGGUAACCUGGCUGCGUCCUGCGGCGGUGCCCGCUCUUUCUGUCCAGCGAGGAACGUUGUUCGGAGCAGAAACUGAACCAUGCACCUCGGUGCAUCGUGCACACGCUUCCGAGAGCCCCCUGGUCCCGUGAGCUCUCCGCUGCUCCCCACGGCACAGGCUCUGAGCCCCCAGCGGAGGCUGCCCUCGGAGCUGGGCAGCCAGCAAUCCCCACGCACAAGCACACCUGUCAGGUGUCUUCACUUGAACGCACCAGCUGUGUUUCAGGAGGCGUUUGGGCAGCACAGGGAGGAUCCUGCCGCCCCCACAACCACUGGAGGCUGAACACGGUUUCCAAACACCGGGGGGCUGCGAGAUCGUCACUUCCCCAGCGCUCAGGGGCAGUCCCUGGGGGCUGUGUGUUACAUGUCCCCGAUCCACAGAAACGGGCCGGUUAUAGCUCUCCGCUCAGCUGGAGCCCAGCGCAUGGCCUGAUAGUGCUGUCCCACAACCCCCUCCCCCUUUGCGUGGUCACCAAUGGGGGGUGAGCUGGGGCCGGCACUCCCUACCAUUCGAGUUGGCAGUAGUAGUGGGUUGUUAUCCCCUAUAGCACAGCCCCCUCUAGUGGGCUGGCCCUAAGUGCUCGGACAGCGUAUUACAGGAGCGCGCUGCGGGGGGGAUAUACCAGGGAGACUGUUCUCCCCCUUCCCCCUUGGGAGUGCGUGGAGCUGGUGCAGGCCUGCCUGGGGGUAAACCAAAGAGUCAGGCCUGGGCCUGAGCACUGGGGGAUCCAGCCCCUGGGCUGGGGGGAGGGGCGACAUUUUGAUGCCAGUUUUUCUGGGCACCUGAAGGUGAAACCUUGGGGGUUCUUUUUUGUCCAAGAUUUGGGUUUACGGAGCUUUGCAAUAACCCCAGCGCCAGCCAGCUGGAGGGGACCAGCUCCGUCCCUUACGGCCUCAGGGUGGGCGAAUCCUCCGCUAGGCGUCCACAAGGGAACGAAGUGUGGGGGAUAGACCCUCCAGAUCACAGGAGCGCCUUUCGUAAGUCCCAUCGGGGGGGUAGGGGCUGGUAGUGGGAGCUGCCACUGGGUAAACCGUCCCCUCACGAAGCUUUAGAUGGGGCAAGGGGGGGAUCCGGACACCUCUGUGCGAUGCCAGUCAUCCCCUACUGCCAUCAGCCCCCGGGUAGCCUGGGGCUCAGCCGUCCAGCCCCGCAGCAGCCUCUCCUCCGUCGGCCUCUGGUUGGGUUCGCUCCCUUUCCCCCCCGCAUCCUGCUCCAGCUCCGUUCUCCUCCCAGGGGCUUGUGCCGUGGUAGUUUUAGGAAUUCAGGAAGCACAAAGCUUUAGCCAUGGUUCCCCCCCCCCCUCCGCCCAAAGAGACUCCGGUCGCACUGCAGGUUGAGCUGGGUCACAAAGCCCCCCAGAGCCAGAGUCAAACCUACCCUCAGCCCAGCGGUGGGGUCCCGAUAGACUAGAACACUUGAAAGCCAUUCCUUCCCGUCACGCCAUCCUGCACCGGGCGGCGUCCGAGCACCCUGCUGUCUCCUUCGCCUCCGGCCCCCCCGCGCUAGCCAAAGCAGUUACCGCCUCUGACUUCGCACAGGCUGUGGUAGGUCGUAGGCCCCGGCGCUGACAUGUGCCCCUCUGUAAAUACCCUCGGCGUGAUGUGAACAAUGGUUGAUUUUGACAACGAAACGAAAUAACCAGCCUCUAGGGACUUGGCCAGUACCCCCCCCCCACCGCCCCCUGUACUGUUCAGUGUAUAUUUUUUGAUGUACUAUAACUGUUGGAGGGGGGGAAAGGAAAAUAUUUUGAUAAUCGAAUCUCAUUGCUUUCUUGUGUUACUCAGUAAA